AUCCCCAUAGGCAAGCCUCCUCUCUCUCUCCUCUCUCGUGAGCCCUCUCUCCCCCGCGACUCCUCGCCGCCGCCGCCGCCACGGCCACUCGCGCCGGCCGAUUCCGUCGAGUCCGACAGCGGGUGGCAGACUGAAGACCUUCCCUCGCUCUGCUCCUUCCUUCCAUCCCUCCAGAUCCGGCCUCCCGCGCUCGCUGCCGACCCUCAGCCAUGGUUAGGGUUACGGGCGCGGCGUCCCCUUCGUCGCCGGCGAGGCUUUGGCGGCCUGCGGUGGCUCGUCCCGCCCACGUGUGGCUCCGCCUCAUGGACGUUCCUCUUCAGCGGCGUCGCCGGACUAGCUCCACGCGCGGGUUCCCCAAGGUGAGUGCGAUGCUGAUGAGAGACGGCAUCCGAGGACAUCAUCACGCUCAACUCGAGCUGCUCCCCCACCGUCCCGCAGCCCGCUGCUGCUCCCACCCCCUGCCCCCUCUCCUCUCCCGUCGCCGGGAAAUGGCUACACCACCAGCUCCGCCGCCUCAACGUCCUCGACCACCAGAAUUCUGUUGGGGAGAAAAGCAAGUGCAAAGAGGAUGGGGGCUCUACAACAAUCAGUUGCAAGGCCUACUGCAUUCGGAUUUAUUGUUCCGUACUGGAAGUGCCUGAAGAGCUUGAAUCGUCCAUUUUGUAUUAGAAUGAGAUUUAAGAUUCAGUACAGGAGUCAAGAUGUUAAUGAGAGGCGAUCUAGAAUGAUUACAGGUAUUAAUGAAGUAGACCCCAUUAGGUGGAUUGGUUCAAAAUGGAAAAGCCUGCUGGUAAGAUGGGAUGAUGGCUCAGACUGUAACAGCCAAAAUAGACCAUCUCCAUGGGAGAUCGAGAUAGUUGGUGGCUCAGUCUCCAUUGCCCAGUCUGUCAAAAUCCAGUUCUAAACUAGCUAAACUGUGCCCUCGGGGCAAUUUAGACGUCUCAAACUAAAGCAACUCGAGUUGCGGUGGUGGUCCGCAACUCCAUCACCGUCUUCCUCGGCAGGAGCAUCCGCCGCUGCUGCUCGCCGUCUGUCCACGGCACCGGUGUUGGUCUCCUUCUCACCUUCCGUGCUCUCUUCCCAUCCCGCCUCCCACUGCCGCCACCACUGCUCGAGGAUGCCCUGUGGAUUUGGAUUUUUCACAAUCGGUACACAGUAAAGUACUUUUGGAUUGGCCGGGCGGUGAGCUGCAGUGCCGCUAGCUCGUCGACGACGGCUACGAUGCCAUCUGUGGCGUCCCUUGGUUCUUUCUCCUCGACAUCGACCUUCUUGACGGUAUGGUCUUCCUCCUCUUCCCCUCCCUUAAUUUCUAUGGUUUUUAAGUUGGUUCAGUAGUUGAUUCACGGUCCAUGAGUUUGGAUAAAACGACAGGCGGCGGCAGAAAGAGCCGUUCCACGACGAAUCUCUGGUACAAUGGCUCCUUCCUCGGUUUCCCCGGUUCUGGAUUCAAGUUCCUAAUAAAUGGAUACUGUUUUUUCUUGAUUGUGACUUUUGGAAUUUUUUAUUUGAUAGAUGAGAGGGCAAGCAAAAGGUGAUCAAUCAAUGGAGACGAAGUAUUUGUCAAAUUGCUUGCAAGGGUGGUGAGAAUUUAUUGGUCGUCAUUUGUCUAGUGUCAUAAUCUUAGAGCCUUUUCUGAUUCUCUAGAAUGUUGGAACAGUCUUGUUGUUUCAGUUUACAUUUGGAUGGUCAUGGUCUGUGCAGAUGAAGUUCUUUUGGAUUAAUUUUUCCACCCUAACAGUUCCUUCCCUGUUAUAUCUCAGGCUGUACGAUCUCUGCAGAUUGCCGCUUCUUUGUUCUGCCGGUGGAGGUUCAGUGUAUCAUUGCAAGUUCCUUACACCGGCAAAUUCAGUAUUUUUGUAUUUUUUGGACGCACGCCUGUUCUUCGACUAUAAAACAGCAGAGAUUUCUUUUUUUCUCGAGUCUAAUCAUUUUUUGAUGCAUUGCAGCUUUGCUAUCAAACUCUCAAAAAGGAAAAAGCAACUUUAUUCUAAUUUUUGGAGAUCCUUCAUGUAGAGUCACUACCUCGACAGAGACAAAUAU